AGAAAUAGGACAUACUUCCUUUCCCACGCUGUGUUCUCUAUCUUAAAUCUUCGGUUAUUGACAAGGAAUGAAAAACAGAGCAAUAUCUUAGCCUUAAUUAAUUUCCAAAUAUUAUUACUUUCUAAAGAGUCGGAUCUUGUUAGGCAUGAACACAUAUUGAAAUGCAUGCAAGAUCAAAAAAGAGCCGUAAUGUAUAUUCAGAUUCAUGCCGGAAAAGAAGGGCCCUAUUUUUCCGGUCAGUUUAGUCUAGGAUAGUUUCUUUACUUUGUCCAACAAACAGCUGGAACUUAUCUGGGUCUCUUUGAACCACAUUAAAUGGAAGUUAAUUUCAGCCUAAAAAUAGAACUCUUCACGUAAAAUUCUGAGAAGAAUUUGAUUUGAUUUUUGUGUUCGAUAUAUAUUGGGUGUGUACAGUCUGUGUACGGUGUGAAUUGCCUUAAAAAGGAAGAGUUGGGGUGUCUCUAUAUAUAGUUUUGUGCGGUUGAAGGAACUGAGGGAUUUGGCGUUCUGUGUCCAAGGAGAAGGAGCCAUGACAGGUUACGCUGAAAAUGGAGUCCCUGUAAAAUCGCCUGAGAAGCGUGAAACCAGUAUCGACCUCACCGGGGGUGAAGAAGAAAACGAUAGCCCAAUCGAGCAGGUUAGGCUGACGGUUUUACCGACCGACGACCCAACACAGCCGGCCUUGACAUUUCGAACAUGGGUUCUUGGGACGAUAUCAUGUAUCGUCCUUGCUUUUGUGAACCAAUUUUUCGGGUACAGACAAAAUCAGCUAUCAAUUUCCUCAGUCUCAGCACAAAUUCUUGUGCUCCCUGUGGGGAAGCUAAUGGCUGCAUGGCUUCCAACAACCGUAAUUCGAGUCCCAUUAACAGGCUGGUCCUUCUCAUUGAAUCCUGGGCCGUUCAGUCUGAAAGAGCAUGUUCUGAUCACCAUCUUUGCCAGCUCUGGAGCUGGUGGAGUGUAUGCAGUUCAUAUUCUCACCAGUGUCAAGGCUUUCUACCACAGGGGACUCCAUCCAGCAGCAGCCUUUCUGUUAUCACAAACUACUCAGAUGCUUGGGUAUGGAUGGGCUGGACUGUUCAGAAAAUACCUUGUUGACUCCCCUUAUAUGUGGUGGCCUGCAAACCUUGUCCAAGUCUCUCUGUUCAGAGCAUUGCAUGAAAAGGAAAAGAGACCAAAGGGAGGACAUACGAGGCUGCAAUUCUUCUUCUUGGUUUUCGUUACAAGCUUUGCUUACUACCUCGUCCCAAGCUAUCUUUUCCCUUCAAUAUCAUAUCUCUCCUUCGUUUGUUGGAUUUGGAAGGACUCCAUCACUGCCCAACAGAUUGGUGGAGGCGUCCAUGGCCUUGGACUAGGCUCAAUGGGGUUUGACUGGUCCACCGUAGCUGGCUUCUUGGGCAGCCCUUUAGCCACUCCUGGAUUUGCAAUUGUCAAUACUUUAAUCGGAUUUUUCGUGUUUGUCUAUAUCGUUAACCCGAUUUUCUAUUGGAGUAAUGCAUAUGACGCUAAGAAGUUCCCACUCUUUUCCUCCCACACUUUCGACAGUGAUGGCCAACGCUACAACUUAACCAGAAUUCUAAAUCAGAAGACUUUCGAUAUUGAUUAUGCGGCUUACAACAGUUACAGCAAACUUUAUCUAAGUAUCUUCUUUGCCCUCACUUAUGGGUUGAGCUUCGCAACUCUAACAGCUACUAUUUCACAUGUUGCCCUCUACAAUGGAAAAACAAUUUGGCAACUGUGGAAGAGGACAACAGUUGCAGCAAAAGAUCAUCUCUCGGACGUGCAUACAAGGCUGAUGAAGAAGAACUAUGAACAAGUCCCUCAAUGGUGGUUUCAUGCCAUCUUGAUUUCAAUGGUGGCUCUUAGCUUAUAUGCUUGUGUAGGUUUUGACCAGCAGCUCCAACUCCCUUGGUGGGGACUUUUACUAGCCUGUGCCAUUGCACUGUUUUUCACCUUACCCAUCGGAGUUAUUCAAGCCACAACAAACCAGCAACCAGGGUUAAAUGUGAUUACAGAGUUGGUUAUUGGAUAUCUUUACCCAGGGAAGCCCCUAGCUAACGUGGCUUUCAAGACCUAUGGUUAUAUUAGCAUGGCACAAGCACUCUAUUUUCUUAAUGACUUCAAACUAGGUCAUUAUAUGAAGAUCCCUCCAAAAUCUAUGUUCAUUGUUCAGUUAGUUGGAACUGUAGUUGCUUCAAGUACUUAUUUCGGCACAGCAUGGUGGCUUCUCACAUCUGUUGAAAACAUCUGUGAUCUAACAUUGUUGCCGGAGGGGAGUCCAUGGACAUGCCCUGGAGAUGAUGUUUUCUUCAAUGCUUCGGUUAUAUGGGGAGUCAUAGGCCCGCUCAGAAUGUUCACAAAGCAGGGCAUCUACCCAGGGAUGAACUGGUUCUUCCUCAUUGGCUGCCUAGCCCCUUUUCCCGGCUGGCUACUUUCCCGCAAAUUCCCCAACGUAAAGUGGUUUAAGCUUAUACACAUGCCUAUCAUCCUUGGAGCUACAUCCGCCAUGCCACCGGCUAGAGCGGUGAACUACUUGGCUUGGGGAGCCGUCGGAAUAUUCUUUAACUUCUAUGUUUACAGAAAGUUCAAGGGAUGGUGGGCUAGACACAACUACAUCUUAUCUGCAGCUUUAGAUGCUGGGGUUGCCUUUAUGGGAGUUAUCCUUUUCUUCUCCCUUCAAUCCAGGGAUAUUAUUGGCCCGAGCUGGUGGGGUCUGGACAGUGAUGACCAUUGUCCAUUGGCUUCGUGCCCAACAGCACCCGGGAUCCAGGUCGAGGGGUGCCCUGUUCUAUGAGAUGUCUUCAACAAAUCCCCAUGACCAAAGGGUUAGGUCUUGCACAUGCUGAUAAAGGUCAAAGGUGAAACUGUAGCGUUCAUAUAUUUGAAAUAUGUUGCUUCUUUUAGGGAUAAGGGGUUGUAGAGAUUAAUUUUUUAAAAUUAUUAUUUGUAAUUAAAUAAGAUUUAUUAUUGUUUUUAAUUCCAAAAGACAGGACAAUUAUUGGUUUGCCUCAUCAUAUG